AAUUGUGUCCGGGCGAAUCCACCAUUGGACGAAACCAUUCGCAAGUGUAGAAGGGCAAAAAUAAUACGGGACAAAAAUUAACAUAUAUACAAUAUUCAAUUGUCGUUUUGUUUAGAAAAUAUUUUGUUCUUCUCCUAUUUCGUAUUGAAAUUAAACAACAUGUAAAUAAUACUGCGUUUGUAUAAAAUGAUCGAAUUAAAGCCUAUUGGAAUCAUAGAUUUCAUUUUUAUUACAAAUACAUGUACUAUAUGUUUUUGCGAGUAAUAUGAUCGACAUUACUCUAUUUUGCGUGUUGAUGACAGUUAACCACUCUUCAUUGAACAAUACACAAUCUAUAAUAACAUUGCUCAUGACUGUACUUAUAUCAUAUUUCGCUUAAACAUUCCAAUAAACUAGGAAAUAUUUUAACUUUUUUAAAUUCUGUUUAAGUCUAAAAUCAAGGAACACUUUUGAAGUCAUUUAUAUACAACCUCCAAUAAACAGCACCAAUUAGGAUACAAUACAUGCUUACCUUUCAAUUUCAUUUCAGUGCCUGGAACAUUCACUUUUACUUCGUGCAAUUGUUUCCUGGACAUAAAUACAUCUUUUAUAUUGUAUCUGGAAAUUUGAUUCCCCACUUGGUUGAUAGAGGAAGUUUAUAAUUUUAUUUACUUACCAGCAAGCGGACAGGAUGACAAGUUAUUACAGCCCCGUGACUGUCAUAUUUAUUUCCUUUUUCGUCGCCGUUGUAUUUGGCUUCAUUGUCUGCGUGUGUUGUACGCUAGUUUGUGGGAACAAGGAUAAAUUACGUCGAAUCGAGAGAAGAGAACUAGUAACUGGACAUUCUGUGAGCACAAUUCCUGAUUUACAGGAUGAAACAGCACAUUCAGCGAAUAUACAUUGGAAUUACGCACAUGAAAAUCCUUCGUUUUGUUCAAUUAUUAAUGAUGGUAGCUCAACUCAACUAGAAACAUUUGAACAGGACUAUGCUGUGAAUGAUCCCCCGCCGUCAUACGACGAUGUGAUGUCAUCAGUGAUGUCACAGAACCCAGAUGUUUCUUGGUCAACGGAUUCUCGAUAUGUUCCAUUUCCAUACUGACGUCUAGAGAACUUGUACUUGUUGAACUGUUGAUGUUAGAGACCAAGAUUUUCACAAUUUUUAUAAGAAAAUCUGAUUUUGAGAACAAUGAUUAGAUUUUCAAAUCAUUAUAGUUACAUUUGCAAAUAUGUUUCCUUAUAUGAACCUAUAGAAUAGCGAAAACGUUCAAUUCUGUAUGGAAUUUUUCAUGACGUCACAUUGAUCAUAGCACGCUCACAUCGCUUGUCGCUUGGAUUAUUGAAAACAUAAAAUCUCGGUAAAUUCAACAGUUCUGAAAGACUUGUCUUUUUCAAACGAAACUAUAAGUAAUUAACAGCAAUGUUAAACAGUUCAAAGUUGGUUGGUACCUGUACAAAUCUACUGAGAAGCCCUUCGGGCUUCACAUGAUUUGAUCACGUGACCAACCAAUUUUAUAUCCCGGUGAACUUUUUAAAUUGCUGUUUAUUUCUUGAAUAAAGUUUUUUUUCAAAAUGAUUCAUUUAUCGUUUGUUUCGCCUAUUUCUUAUAUAAACUUUACAUUCAAAAUGCAGAAGAUACAUUAAAAAAUACAAUAAAAUACGUUCCUUAAAAAUUAUACUGCUUAUUCAGUUUGAUAAUAUACAAUUUGACAACUGCCAGUGCAUUUCAAAAUCAUUUUAUUGUUUUAUUUUGCAUAUACACGUAUAUGCAUUUUAAUUUGUUUAUCCUUUUUUAGUAUAAACAUAAUUCAUUGUCACAGUGUUUGUAAUUACCACACAGACAAGUGUUCAUAGAAAAAUUAACAAUCGAUGCUAUUUUAUAAAAUCAAUUUUAACGUAUACGCUGAUAAAACUCAGGUUGGUCUCGAGCUGGACACGCCAUUUUCGAAAUGGCACAGUGUAUAUUCACUUAUGAUAAAAAUUUUAAUAGGUUAAAUUAUAAUUACAAUUUAUACAAUAUAUAAAAACACGUGUACUGUAAAAGUGGUUAUUUACGCGUGGGGGAAAUUUACACUAGUUACGCGGUAAGCUGAAAACCGAGUAAAGUACCCCAGCACGUAUGGUAAAUAAAAUCGAUACUUGAAAGUGGUAAAUCACGCAUGCGCACAUUUAAUACCCACGCGUAUUGUUUGACGAUAGAAAACACAUAUUUAACCACUUUUACAGUAUUAAAAAACCCUUGUUUAAUUUGUUAACGGUACUUUUUAACUCAAAAAUUCAAUUAAUUAUUUAUUAUCUUGUAAGUCUUUAGUACGAAAGUUCUACACCUAUAUAAGAUUACAAAAACUAAACUAUCUCGACAAUAUCAAUAACAGUAACUAGUAAGUGAUUGCGGUAUUUACAAAUUGACAGCUAAAAUUAAAAUGACAUAGUCAAAA